CCGAACCUUCCACAGUUCCCUGCUCUGCUCCCACGAUAUAACCAACACCUCCACCCCCCUUUCUCUCCUCACGACCAACCCAGAAGGAAGAUUUCUUUUCAGAAAGAGCUGACAAGAUUAAAGUGAUCGAAUGGGACUCAAGAAGAAUAGAUGGAUUUCCUUCAAGAAGCUGAGGGGGCAGAACUGGAGAUGGAAGUUCUUCUUUGGGUCUGCGUUCAGGUGGAAGAGGCUGAAUCUGAAGCUGUCUUUUGUGGACGACCUACUUUUUAGGAUUGCGUCCCUGUUCGAGGCUAUUGUUUUGGUUGCCAGGCUGUGUUUCUUCUAUCUCUGUUGUGGCUGCCAUUUUUGAAUCUGUGUGGAUGCGAGAUGGGGGCUUGUUCGAUGCCAAAACUACCCAAAAUAUAUGGCUAAUGUAUAUUUUAAUGUUCAAAUGUAAUGUUCCAGAAGUUUUUGUUAAA